AUGGCGUACAGGUUCUUACGGCUUUUAGUACUGGCAGUGCUUCUGUUGAUUGUGCCUGCUUAUGUAUACCUCUCGCAAAAGCAAGACUCAUUUGUUCAUAACCCUACUACCGGGGAAUGGCUUUCUGAAGCUUCGUUUUUUUUCGGAAAAAAACCUGCACAGGUAGAACAAGGCCACAAGAACCCAGAUACUGUUAGUGGUUUCAUGGAUUGGUGGAAUGCAGGUGCGAAAAUGCUUCAUUCCGGCGUAAAAGAAGACGAUAUAACGCAGCAUAUCGUACCGCACCCCAGCCAAGCGGCGAGGCCUGUCGACGAUGCAAACAGCGAGCCGAUUGUAAAUGGUGCUUAUGCACCUAAGAUGGCGAACGAAACUGCCAAGGCUGAGCUUGGACGUGCUACAUGGCAUUUUUUACACACCAUGACACUGCGAUUCCCAGAUAAGCCCACCGAGCAACAAUCUCAGGAUUUGCGCGAGUUCUUCCGACUCUUUUCCUUGUUAUACCCGUGUGGUGAUUGUGCUACGCAUUUCCAACAACUCCUCAUCGAGCUGCCGCCGCAGGCUGGCUCACGUAAAAAUGCGGCAAUUUGGCUGUGCAAUGCACACAAUGCCGUGAACAAACGCCUAGGUCAUUCCCAGUUCAAUUGCACUGAUCUCGAUUCUACUUAUGACUGCGGAUGUGGUUCUGACACGAUUGACCUCGCUACCAUAAAUCCAAGCCAGGCGACAGGCGAGGCGCAUAUAAUGUAG